GCGACGUCAUUAUGUAGUCAGCUGUAAGCUUCAUGUGCCCUGUCCUUAUAUAUAAAUCCAUGAUGGGCAAUAAAUCAAUUAUGGGCAAAAUAAUAAAGUGACAAAUUAAUGGGCAAAAUAAUUGUGUACAAAUAUGCCAUGCAAUGUCUCAUUCGACAUGACAUGGUGAAUCGAGUAAACAACGAAAACCAUAAAUUGAGUAUUCAAUAUCCGCUACACGUAUGUAGGUCCACGUGGAUCUGAUUGAAUUGAUGUUCGCAAGUCUGCAUGAAUCGUGAUAACGCAUUGUUCGUAAUAAAAUGGAAAAAGAGUCGACUACAACAGAUACGAGAACGAGACUUAAUUAUGAUAACAAACUCAUUUUGGCGCCCAUGGUGCGUAUCGGAACACUUCCGAUGCGUUUGCUCGCUCUGGACUAUGGUGCGGACAUAGUGUACACCGAAGAACUGAUCGAUAGAAAAUUGCUUCGUUCUAUUCGUCGAGAGAAUGAUGUCCUAGGCACAAUCGAUUACAUCGACAAGACCGACGGUACUGUGGUGUUUCGUACAUGUCCUCGGGAACGAGAGCAUGUGGUUCUUCAAAUUGGUACCUCUGAUCCAUUGAGAGCGGCCGAAGUUGCUCGUAUGGUAGAAAAAGAUGUUGCUGGCAUAGAUAUUAACAUGGGGUGUCCAAAGAAAUUCUCAAUGCUCGGAGGAAUGGGUGCCUCCCUUCUUAGUGAACCGCAGAAAGCGACCAAUAUUUUGCGAAAGAUGAUUGAAACCGUAGCAAUACCAAUUACAUGUAAAAUACGCGUUUUAUCCAGUCUGAAGGAAACUCUCCAACUUUGCGACACCCUCGCUUCUACUGGUAUCGCAGCCAUUGCUGUACAUGGUCGCACGAUUGAGGAGAGACCGCAACAUCCCAAUCGAAAUCAUGUUCUCAAGCAAAUUUCGGAUAGGCUCUCGAUACCGGUCAUCGCAAAUGGUGGGUCCAAAGAUAUUCAACAGCAUUCCGACAUACUCAGGUUUAAAAAAGAAACAGGUUGUAGUAGUGUAAUGCUUGCUCGCACAGCUGAGUGGAACUGCUCAAUAUUUCGUAAAGAAGGUCUGCUAUCAAUGGAAAAUGUUAUAAAAUCAUAUUUAAAGUAUGCAGUUGAUUGUGACAAUUCACCUUCCAAUACGAAAUAUUGUGUACAGAAUAUUCUACGGGAGCUUCAGGAAUCUCCUUUAGGGAGAAAGUUCCUCGAUUCGCAAACGCUAGAACAAAUAUGCGAAGUAUGGGGAUUGGGUGAUUAUUGCCGAUCCAAAAAUAAGGAAUUUCGAGAUAAGGGUUUGUUAGGUCGAUUUCAAGUAAUGCCAGUAAUGCUCGAGAAAGAUACAAAGGACAAUAAUGUUUCCCAUAAAAGAAAACUUCAUGAAGACAAUGAUGUUUCUCAGAUGCGUUGUGCUUUCUUGAGGAACAAUUACACAACAGACUCUGAGCUACCAAAGACUAGAUUACUCAAGUGGACCAAGGAAAAUCGUAAAAAAAUGCCAAUAUAUAAUACUCGACAAGAAGAUAAACUCUUUUGUUCCGUAGUUACUGUCGAUGGCAGGAAGUAUGGUUCCUCUUUCUGGGAAAAAAAUAAAAAAUGGGCUGAACAAGGUGCUGCUUUGGUAUGUCUCUAUUUUUUGGGAGUAAUCAAUAAAGAAAGUCUUUCUGCUAAUGGUAACAUCAUUUCACGAUGAUAUCUGGACUUAUCCUAUCUAAUGCAUCUGUAAAUAUUUGAUGCGACUAUAAAGAAAAAAAUGCACACAUGUAAAUAUUGUUCUUUUUGUAAAUAAAUUUUGACUUUUUUUAUUAA